ACAUCACCGACAUACAACGCGACAACCAACCCAUUAAUCGCGCCGCUUGCAAACUUUCAAGAUGGCAUACAACCCGCGGAUGAGCAUCAUCCCCUCGAACCAGCAGCAGAGCCGGUCUCGCAAGAAGGAAGAGGAAGCCGACGCGUUCAUGCGCCUGCCCGACCGCGAGAUCGUGGGCUGCAUCACCGAUAUAGGCAUCAACUUUACCGUUGCCGACCUGCAGAAACCGAACCCGUCGCACGUGCAACAAAUCUUCGAGUGGUUCGCCGAGCUGUUGCUCAAUGCGACGCGCGAGACGGUCGAACCGGCGAUGCGCGCCGCGGCGGAAGACGUGUGCGGCGAGUUCGCCGACGUGAUCCCACCCGACACUCGCAAUCUCAUGGGCUUCUACGUGUCGCUGCGGAGGCUUCUGUUCGAGUGCGGCAUCACCGACUUUACGUUCAACGACCUGUACAAGCCGACGUACGAGCGGCUCGUCAAGAUCUUCAGCUACCUCAUCAACUUUGUGCGCUUCCGCGAGUCGCAGACGAGCGUCAUCGACGAGCACUUCAACAAGACCGAGUCGGCCAAGUCGCGCAUCGAGACGCUCUACGCCGAGAACCAGGACAACGAGGCGCGCCUCGAGGACAUGCGACACAACCGCAAGGCCAUGGAGGCGCAGGUGCGGGAGAAGACGAUGCGCAACGAGGAGCUCAAGAGCCGGCUGCUCGAGCUCCGCGAGAACCAGAAGAAGGUGGCGAUGCGCCUCGAGGACGCCAAGCAGAAGAAGGGCGAGCUGACGAGCGCGCUCGAGCAACGGACGCAAGACAAGAUGACGCUCAAGCAGGAGAGCGCCAAGCUGCGGCCGUACAUGCUGCAGAGCCCGUCGGCGCUGCAGGACAACCUCGCGGAGCUGCGCGAGAUCCUCAACAACGACAAGGCGCACAUCGACGCGCUGGACCGCCGGGCCCGCGCGCUGCAGACGUCGGCCGACUCCUUCACCGUGGUGUCGGCGGACGUGGCGUCGUGCAUCAAGAUCCUGGACGAGAUCGCGGCGGAGCUGGGCAAGGAGGAGGAGGAGAUGGCGCGCAACGCCAAGCAGCGCGACGCGCUCUCCGAGAGGGGCAACAACGCGCGCGAGGUGGAGCGCGCCGAGCAGAUGCUGCGGCGGCAGCUGGCCAAGUGGACGGAGCGGACGGAGAAGCUCCGCGAGCAGAGCGGGCAAAAGGCGCACGAGGCCAAGGAGAAGAUGCACGAGCUGCGGGCCGUCCAUAAACGCCUGACGGAGGAGCACACGGAGAAGACCAAGGAGAUGGAGAUUCGGAGGGUGCGCAUCGAGCAGACGGAGAAGAAGAUGCUCGACCUCAAGGAGAACAUCGAGAACGAGGUCCACACCGCGUACGAUGAGUACCUCAAGAUGGAGGCCCACAUCAAGCUGUACAUAACGGAGAUGGAGCAGACGAUUGGGCAGUAAGCGCGUGUGCCGAUGGCGUGCGGCGGCGGCGUUCUGGAUGGUGGCUUGUAUGCGUGCAUGAAAGAAAGGGGGCGAGAUGAUACCAUAGUCUGGCGUUGGGGUUGGGAUACUUUGCGUGGGCUUUGGGAAUUGCGUACGGACUCGGUGUGCGUUUUGCAUAGACACUGGGAACACCAUGAUGAACAAACCGGUACUGCUUUCUCGUAUCUUGAGUUUCUCUACAGCUUUUUCACCCACCAGCCGGCGGCGGCACGUCAAACCACCGCGCGAGGACCCUCCUGAUGGGCACCGUCUUGCCACGCCACGAACCGUCGCGC